ACCUGCAUUUUCUAAAGCAGCCCAUCCAGCCAGGUGCAGUUACAUUAUCCUGGCCACCGGGUUGGCUCGUUCAGUGCUUUACUGGGAGGUGUGCUCUGUGUUGUGAGGAUGAUUUAAAUAGUCUGCUCCCCCUCACCAGCUGGGAUGCUGCAGAGACCCACGGGCUCUCCUCUGUGCUGGGAGAACGUGUCUCUGGCGUUCCGAGGCAGGCAGAGGGCGAUGUUCUGCCGCCGGGAGACUCGGGCUCGGGUUUGCUGGAGGACACGCUGCAAUGAGGAAGGGUACAGGGGGCAGGCAAGGGAGAAGGUGGGUAGAACCUCAGGAGAAGCUCGAAACGGGAGACCCCCUCAGCGGGGAGAGGACCCUGCCGGGGGGAAGGAUGUGGCGGAGCUCAGGGGCUCGGGAAGCUGGCUGGUAAGAGAUGUGCAGUGAUCGGCGGGUCAGGGUUCUUGGGCCAGCACAUGGUGGAGCAGCUCCUGGAGAAGGGUUAUGUGGUCAACGUGUUUGAUAUUCAGAAGAGAUUUGACAGUGACCAAGUGCAGUUCUUCCUGGGAGACCUUUGUGACAAAGAGGCUUUGCUCCCAGCUUUACAAGGGGUGUCAGUGGUAUUUCAUUGUGCAUCACCAGCACCUUCAAGUGACAACAGGGAGCUGUUUUACAAGGUGAAUUUUAUGGGAACCAAAGCAGUCAUUGAAGCCUGCAAAGAAGCUGGAGUGCAGAAGCUGGUGUUAACUAGCAGUGCCAGUGUGGUUUUUGAGGGCACAGACAUAAAAAAUGGAUCCGAAGACCUCCCGUAUGCAAAAAACCCAAUCGACUAUUACACAGAGACAAAGAUCCUGCAGGAGAAGGAGGUGCUCAGGGCAAAUGACCCAGACAACAAUUUUUUCACUACUGCUAUUCGUCCCCAUGGAAUCUUUGGUCCUAGGGACCCUCAGCUUGUUCCCAUCCUCAUCCAAGCAGCCAAGAGUGGCAAAAUGAAGUUCAUCAUUGGGGAUGGAAAGAACUUGGUGGAUUUCACCUAUGUGGAAAACGUGGUUCAUGGACACAUCCUGGCUGCAGAACAUCUUCAGAAAGACUCUGCCCUGUGUGGGAAGGCAUUUCAUAUCACAAAUGAUGAACCAAUUCCUUUCUGGGCUUUCAUGUCCCGUAUCUUGACCGGCCUGAACUACGACCCUCCCAAGUACCACAUUCCCUAUUGGCUGGCAUAUUACCUGGCCCUGUUCCUGUCCCUGCUGCUGUGGCUGCUGAGCCCGCUGGUCACCAUCAAGCCCACUUUCACCCCCAUGAGGGUAGCAUUGGCUGGAACCUUUCACUACUAUAGCUGUGAACGGGCCAAGAGAGACAUGGGCUACAGCCCCGUGGUCAGCUUGGAUGAAGCCAUAGAGAGGACUCUGCAGAGCUACCCCCACCUGCGCCGGGCCAAGGCCUGACAAGUCCUUGAUGGAUUUUAUGGUUUUGCCACUUGAUUUCUAUAAUUGCUUUGAUUUGACAUCUUAGCACGAACACCGAAGCAAAUUUUACUGAUUCUCUGGAACAGGGAGUUUUCCCCAAGUCCUUCCUCCUCCUCGCUGUUUUCACGGUGGCUUGAGAAGAGCUCAUGUAGGAGCUGUGCCAGCAGUUCUGUUCUUUGAUGUGACUCCUGGUCUUGAAACAGCUGCUGAACCCUGUGGACUAUGAAUAAACACCCUGUUGUGCCCUCUUCAAUCCCAGCACAUCAGCAUUCCUCGGGCUUCUCCCUCCACCCUUGUCCUCUGUUUUGUUGCUCUGGUGAUAACAGACACCUCUUCUCCGAGCUGCAGCCUGGCUCAUGCAACACUGCUCUGGGCUGGUUCCUCUCUGGGGCUGGGCUUUUUUCCAUACAAGAGCAAUGAAAGAGACACUCAUGCCAAGGAGGAGUUCUGCCUCCAUCUCUGAAACCAUUGCAGCUUGUUUUGUUACUCCCUCCAUGACUGGUGGGUGAUUUGGCUUCUUCCUGAGGCAGCAGAAGGAAACCAAGGCAAGCUCGGCCUCUCUGUAAGGAAGCACAUGCCUGUGUUUCUGCAGAAGCCUAUUUCUUUUCAAAAAAACCCAAAUAAAUCAAGAUGACUUCCUAA